CCGGACUAACUAGAGCGAAGCAUCGGCCCAUGUGAAGAGCCUAAGGCGCUCAGGCUUGAUUUAUGGCUGUGAGUGGGGACGCCAAGCCUCGCCUUGGCUCUCGACAUUCCUGUCUGUCUGCGCCUGCCAGUAUUGCCCCUCGCGAUUCCUCGCUCACAUACAUGAUAUGAUAUUGUUAUCCUGCAGCGGGCAGCGUACAACAUACAACUGCAGUUUCUGGUCUGUCGGCUAAUUGUGAUGCUGAAGUGCAACCACUGCUGAACCGAUACUCUCAACCCACCCGCCAAUUUCUCAGCCGUGCCAACCUCCCCAACAACAAGACUCAACGAUCACGACAUGCGAUAAGAAGAAUCACACAAACCUAGUUGCGAUAUCGUAAAAGAUGGCGUGCAAGGCUCGCACAGUGACAAUUGAUGCCUUCCAAAGCGCUACCUCGACCUCAGCGUCAACUCCCUACGAAGACACACCCCUGAUCCGCUCCCGCAGACGACACUCGUUCCAGCAUGCGAGACGGUCGUCCUGUGACUAUGACGCAGAUGCUGUGUUUCUCAGAGUCGAAGUUUUCCUCGCCGAAUUAGAGAGACGGCUACAAUGGCUCGAAGAAUACCGCAAGUCACACAUGGAGCAGAUCGACGCCAGCAUGCGUAGAGGUUACGCUGCGCUUGAGGCCGUUCGUGACUCAUGCUGUGCCGCAUCGGGCGAACUGAUGGGUGGUGGUAAAAAAAGGGCAAAGAUUCUUGUCGAAACAUUAGAAGAUCGCUACAACGAAGCUCUUGCAACGAAAGAGACACUGGGAGAAAAAGCAUAUGCCGGAAUGCGAUUGAUGGAGUCAUUUUUGAAUGAAAUUGAAUCAAGGUCACAUCUCGUCCGUGAGGGUGGCAUUUAUGGUGCGCUCGAUGACGGAUGGAAAGCCGUCGACUCGAGCCUGAGUCAUGCCAGAGAGGCAGUUGAUGAAGGUAUGGGGCGAGCGCGACGAGCGAAAGAGGCUCUGCGAGAAAGCAUCGACCAUGCAAUUCAACUCGCUCAAGCGAACCGAUUAAUUCAUUAUAAAGAUCUGCCGCACCCGUGGAGAGUCAACCCGCAUAUCCACCAGGGUUAUCGAUUCAUGACCUCCCCGGUGGAGUGCGUGACAUCCAUGUUCUUUUUCUCCAAUGAAUUAGUGAAUAUUUGGUCGCAUUUGAUCGGUCUAUUCAUCGUCUUAUCCGUCGCAUUCUACUUUUACCCGCUGAAUCCAAACUUCGAUCUAAGCACAAAGGCCGACAUAAUGAUCGCAGCGGUCUUCUUCUUCGCUGCAUGCAAGUGCCUCGUCUGCAGUACAAUAUGGCACACAAUGAACGGGAUUGCGAAUCAGAAAGUCAUGGAGCGGUUCGCCUGUGUUGAUUACACGGGAAUCUCUUUCCUCGUUGCAGCCUCAAUCAUGACCACCGAGUAUACAGCCUUCUAUUGCGAACCCACGUCCCGAUGGAUCUAUAUCCUUCUUACCUUCUCUCUUGGGGUAGGCGGGGUCAUCCUUCCCUGGCACCCAACUUUUAAUCACCCUAACAUGUCAUGGGCCAGAGUCGCAUUCUACUGCACCAUGGCACUAACGGGAUUCGCUCCGAUUGCGCAACUGAGCUAUACAAGAAGCUUCACAUGGUGCUUGUACUUCUAUGCCCCAGUGAUGAAAAGUCUGUUAGUAUACGGUCUUGGCGCCUUUAUCUAUGCAUCUCAAAUUCCAGAGCGCUGGUUACCUGGCUGGUUUGACUACUGUGGUGCAAGCCACAACAUAUGGCAUAUUGCUGUACUCGGCGGUAUCCUCUUUCACUACUGCGCUAUGCAGGAGCUGUUCGCGGGUGCCUUCGUCCGGGCGCAGGGAGAAUGCCCGAAUUUGGCUUCUUAGAAGCCUUUCUUUUCAAAUUCUUAUUUAUAUAGACUUUUUAUCUUUUCUGCUCUGCAUUUCUGGAACCUCCAUCAUUAUAUAGAGCCUUUUCGUAGAUGUUAUUUUUUCUUGUGAAUUUUUCAUUUUAUUUUCGGUGCAUAUGGUUCUCAUAAAGCAAAACGCAUUUGGAACGAUGAAUAAAGCCAGCCUCGCAUCAAGCGGUUUAAUAACGCCAGAACCUUGAAGGGUUAAUGAAAGGAUCGAUUAGUUGCAUGGAUAUGGACAGCAAGAUCACUUUACAGCCGGCUACACAUAUGGCAACAAACUAGCAAUAGAAACGGAUUUUCAG